UUUUUUUAUUUCUGAGCUUACGUAAGGGCUUUUGGACUCGCGACUGGAGCAUUGCUCUCUAAUGCAAGAAUUACCAAUGUGUGGUCCAAUUAAGUUGAGUUAAGUUUAGUUUAUCCAAGAGAGUCUUCGCCAAUGGUUAUCUAGAUAGCACAGUUGUGAAUAUCAACUCAUUGAGUGUGGAGGAUCGUCCGGAAUGUGGGAAGCCGUAAUAAGGCACGUUCUUCAUAUUCAUAUGUUAAAUCGACCAGAAAGGAUCAACAACUGGCUUUGAGUACCUUUCUUCUUGGCGUUAAGGAAACUGACAGCAGAUAAUACUGCGAGCAGCAAUGGCCAACGCUUUAAGCUACCGAGAGGGUGGAUGGGGCUGGGUGGCCGUGUUUUCUGCCUUCUUGGCUGAGCUGAUCGUCUAUGGCAGCUUGAAAGCUUUCGGUGUCCUCAUCACGUCAAUGAAGGAGGAUUUCCAGACGAAUUUGUGGAUUGUGGGCUCCAUUUGCGCUCUGCACUUCGGAGUACAAUUUGUUCUGACACCAUUAGCAACUGCAGCGGCAUGUCAAUAUCGAAGCCGUGUCGUCAUUACCCUUGGUGGUGUACUCUAUGGAUUCGGUCUGGUGAUAUCCUCUGUGGUCCAGAAUAUCGUCCCCUUCGCUGUAUUCCUUAUACUUAUAGCCGGGUCUGGGGCAGCAUGCACGCUGGAGACAACCCGUGCGGAGGUAGCCUUCUACUUUCAGGAGAAAUACGCCGUGGCGAGUUUUCUGGCGCUAGCUGGGGGACCAAUUGGGAUGAUGCUGUACGGACCAGUGACGCAAGUCCUCUUGGAAACUUACGGAUGGCGGGGAGCGCUGCUCCUGAUAGGUGGGACGAGCUUUCAUCUCAUUUGUUCUGGUUUGCUGGUCAGGAGACCAACUAGAGUCUAUGCAAAGCUUCUCGAUGAUUGCACAGACCCUGGCCCUGAUAACGGACCCUCUUCGAGUCAGACCGAUCGCUGUUUGGCGAAGUUGAGUAAGGUGAUAGCGGGGACACUAGGGCUCGACCUCUUCCUUUGCUUGGACUUCCUGCUUCUGGCUGCAGUCCGGUUAUUUACCAAUGCUUGUUACGGUGGGAUCUUGGUCUACAUGGUUCCCAAUGGCCUGGCAGUGGGGCUCAGCCCCAGCGAAGCAGCGCUUCUGACAACGGUGUUUGGUGUUGGGAGCCUGGCUGGACUGAGCUUGACGGCUCUAGUUCUGCACACCGAGGUGCUAUCGUGCCACGCAACUGGAGCCAUUGCUGGGUGCAUGACCGUCGUGGCUUUGGCUCUUGAUACUUUCAUAUCCACGCCCAUCGGUCAUAUGGCCAACACGUGCAUCAUCGGGGCAGGGAUUCACAGUAUUAUACAGGUGACGUCGGUCUUAACUAGAGGGCUGCCUUAUGGAGACGACCGAUUUGUUGUCGUUCUGGGAUGGCAGAGUUUUCUGGCCGGCGUGGCGACAUCCGGUGGGGACACCCUCUCAGGUUGGCUCUACGGUGCAACGCAGAGUUUCCACGGAACGUUCUUCAUGUACAGUGCGUUCAUGACUGCCACUGUCUUGUUUCUGCUAGUGGACUUCAUUCGCGCCUUCAUCACCACGCGUCGUAGGUCGACCCUGUGAACUGAUGCCCUUCUCGAACUAUAACUACACUCAACCAAAAAAAA